GGGAGAGAGAGAGAGAGAGACAGGGAGCGCGUGCCCCGAUGCUUGUUGGUUGCUCAGCUGUUUUGAAGAAUCGACGACGCAGCCUGGACAGGCAGCAGCGAUCGGCCGUGACUCGGCGCGAGACCGCUGCACUCACGUCCAAACGCAAACAGAUGUGGAGUGACUGUCCAAAUUUCUGACACAUCUCGGCCACGAUUGUCGACGCAAGGAGCAUCCCCUUUGCGUGCACGCACAGCGGCGGCGACGAGUGCGAAUCCUCGAGCUGAGGUUGAAUUAACGUUAAACGGAACGGACGGGAUAAAGGAAUCGCCAUGAGCGAGCUGAGCCAGGAAGAAAUGAGAAGAAGGCGGUUAGCCCGUUUAGCGGGCUUAAAUACUAGUAACACGGCUGCCAAUUCAACUAACACUACCGCUCCAAUAUCUCCGAGUACUCCAGGUCCUUCGAAAGCCUUUGCAGAACCAAUAUCUCCAUCUAUUCAGCAACAAUUUCAACAUGCUGAGGUUCCAAUGGAAGUAGAAGAAAGCAGCGAUAAACAAUGCAAUACCUCUGGAAUAGAUGUUGAUUCAGGAAUUGAAAAUAUGGAAGUUGAAGAGUCUGAUAGGAAAGAUUCAAUACCGAGAUCACGUACAACGAGUUCUAGUAUAGAAGUAACAACAGAACAAAUACACGCUGUCAUAUCACGCGUUUUGUGCAUAUCGUGGAAGAGUCCUGUUGAGGGGAAUAUAUUUCUGCCUCAUACAGCAGAAUAUUUGCAAAUACAGCCGGAUGCUGCAGACAUUAUCAACCAUGUCUUGAUAGAGGUAUUAUGUAUGUUUUCGCGGGGAGAGGAUCCUUUGAAAGACAUCGCAAUAGACAUGUCGUCGGACCGCGAGGACAGUCCGAAUAGCCAAGCGAGCCCGAGUUUGUUAAGUCCUGUUGUGGCUCUUCCAUCUUAUGAAUUACCAACCAUACCGUUACCCAUAGGUACCAAGUCAUCUCAACCGAAAAGUCUAAUUUAUUUGUUAGAUUGUUACUCAAAAAUUGCGACUGAGGAAAGAAACCAUCCAAAGCGAUCCAGCGUACCUCCUCUUUCCGAAGUAUUGGCAGUUUUGAGAGCACAAUGUGUUCAGUAUUCCAGCCUUGUUCUUCUAGGAUUGAUUGGCAUCUGCCAAGCUUCAAUUGUGCCCAUGUGUACCACUCAUCUUCUCUACCCGAUAUUAUCGCAAACUUUGCCUCGCGGCUAUCUUCAUGAGCUCGUGGCCAGGACACAUGGGAAUCCGACAAUAUUCGGUAAAAUAUUUACUCCAGUCCUACAGGGCCUGUAUCUUUCGAUGCAGCAAGCGAGCUUGGUCGGCAACACGCAUAGAAGACCAAUCGAGGCGUUGGAAGAUCUGCUAGAGAUUCGCUGUGGACCGAAUGGCAACAUACGUCCAAUUUGCCGUCUGAUCACCAAUCAAAUUCAAUUCUUGCCCGAAGUUAUGACAUCGGCCGCUGGUAGAGAGCUUACGAGAACCUCGUUUUUAGGACCAUUUCUCUCAGUGUCGGUAUUCGCUGAGGAUCAGCCGAAAGUGGCAGAGAAAUUUUUCAGUGGUAAUCCAUUUACGGACAAGUCGGUGAACGUGACGUUGCAGCAAGAACUCGAGAGCACGAGGACCUUGUUACACAAGAUGUUCCACGCGAUACUUGCAAACAGUAACUGCCGUGAUGCUACCCUGACGUAUCUCGCGACAUUGCUGCGUCACAAUGAAAAACGCGCGCAAAUACAGACCGAGGAGUUUUCUUUGGCCGGGGAUGGAUUUAUGUUGAACUUGUUGUCAGUUCUACAGAUGCUCUCUGUGAAAAUCAAACUGGAUACCGUGGACCCCCUGUACCCAUUUCAUCCCUCUAGCUUUGUCGAGAUAAAGAACGACACAAGACUGAAACUCACUUCACAGGAGGUCGCGGAAUGGCAGAAGAACCUGGAGAAAACGCAUAAGUGGUCGGAAGCGAAAUUUCCGACUCAAUGUUGGUUCCUCACACUACACUGUCAUCACAUCGCGCUACUUCCGGCGCUGCAGAAAUAUCAGAGAAAAUUGCGGGCGCUGCGAGAUCUGCAGAAGAUGCUCGAUGAACUGCAAGCCACUGAACCCCAAUGGAAGGACACUCCCUUUGCGGAACACAACAAAGACUUAAUUAAACAGUGGAAGCAACAAUUGAAACGGCUAGUUAAAUCGAAAUCAUGCGCAGACGCGGGACUGAUAGACCCCGCUCUUCUCAGAAGGUGCUUACAGUUUUAUAUAUCUGUGGCAGAAAUCCUGCUGAGCCUUUUGACAGAGACUGCCCCAGGCGAUCCUCUCCCCGAACUUCCGCUUCCUCAAGAAGUCCCGCAUAAGUUUACCGCACUACCUGAAUGGUACGUGGAGGACAUAGCGGAAUUCUUAUUGUUUACACUUCAAUUCUGUCCUGGGGUAAUGACAAAUAAUAUGGACAAUUCACUUAUUACUUGGUUACUUGUCGUUGUAUGUACGCCGCAUUGUAUACGAAAUCCGUAUCUAAUCGCGAAGAUCAUCGAGGUACUCUUUGUGAUAAAUCCCAGUAUUCAGGGAAGAACGGAAAUACUUCACUAUCACGUUAUGGCGCAUCCUAUAUCGAAGACACUCCUGGCGUCAUAUCUCAUGAAGUUUUAUACCGACGUUGAGACCACUGGCUCUAGUUCUGAAUUUUACGACAAAUUUUCAAUACGUUAUCAUAUAAGUCUAAUCCUAAAAUCCAUGUGGGACAGUCCGGUACAUCGAACGUCGAUCGUCAAUGAGAGCAAUAACGGCAAACAAUUUGUCAAAUUCAUCAACAUGCUAAUGAACGACACCACCUUCUUGCUCGACGAAAGCUUAGAAUCUCUGAAGCGUAUACACGAGGUGCAGGAACUCAUGUCGGACGUUAGUGCGUGGGGCGCGCUUUCUCAGGAGCAGCAGCAAUCGCGAACGAGACAGCUGGCAGCAGAUGAGAGACAAGCCAGGUCCUACCUUACACUAGCCAAGGAGACAGUUGCCAUGUUUCAUUAUUUGACGGUCGACAUCACGGAGCCGUUCUUACGACCUGAAUUAGUCGGGCGACUGUGUGCCAUGUUAAAUUUCAAUUUACAACAAUUGUGCGGACCUAAGUGCAAAAAUUUGAGAGUGAGGAAGCCGCAAAAGUACGGAUGGCAACCAAGGACAUUACUCAGUCAAUUGGUUGAUAUAUAUUUGCAUCUUGACUGUGAUAAUUUUGCAGCUGCUUUAGCUAGUGACGAACGUUCAUUCUGUAAAGAAUUAUUCACUGACGCCGCGAGCAGGCUAGAGAGAUCUGCGAUAAAAACUCCCACAGAGAUCGAGAGGUUCAUAGCGCUUGCUGAGCGUGCAGCAGUGAUCGCAAGGGAUAAUCGCGCACGUGAUGCGGACUACGGCGAUGCUCCUGAAGAAUUCCGGGAUCCGUUGAUGGACACUCUUAUGGAGGAUCCGGUCAAACUACCAUCUGGGAUAGUCAUGGACAAAGCAGUUAUCAUUAGACACUUACUCAAUAGCGCCACAGAUCCUUUCAGUCGGCAGCCUCUUAGCGAAGACAUGCUCACACCAAUGCUCGACUUAAAAGAAAGGAUAUCUAUGUGGAAACAGCAAAAAAAAAAAUCGACAAAUUUAUAAGCGGUGCUAAUUGACGAGGAUUUUGCGAAGUAAAAAUAAAAGUAAAAGAAAUAAAAACAUCACGAUUCAACAUGAUUAAUAACGAUACACGAUACAUUGAAUAAUAACGAUGCACGAUACAUUUUAUCAACCCGGAAAAUGUAUCAGCCGAGUGCAGUUGACGAAUAUAGUGCAAUGAUCUCGCUAAUGUGCAAACAAUUGCGCUCAAUAAAUUUACAGUUUUUAUACAAUAAACAUUAACAGACUGCAGCUAGCGAACUGCCACAAUAUUGCUCCAAACAUACUUUAGAAACUUGUAAAUAAUUGCUGGCAAAUGCGUCAGUAUCCAAAAUUACGUAUUAUUCAUAAAUAAGCUCUUUUAUUUUUUACGUUCUCCGGUGUAUGUGGCGGCGGGUAGCAUGUUUCAGACAUAUCCCGCGUUUGAUCAUGAAAAUAUUAUGUUAAAUAGUAUAAACUAGUAAUAUAUAUAUAAAUGAGA